AGCUGCUGAGCUGGAUGUUACCGGAGUAGCGGGAUGUUUAAGCAGCGGUGCGGGGCUGCGGGCUGUGUAAGGAAAGUUGGGACUGCCCCGCAGGAAGCGGCACUUUCCGGGGAAUCAACUUCGUACAAGAAAACUCCAAAAAGGUUGUCUAGAAGCAAACACUCCUCUCCAGCUUUCAAUUCUCCCUCCAAUGACAUUGAUCAACAACAUGAAAUCUUUUGGGAUCCAUAUUCGCCGACAGCGUUUAAAAUCGAAAAUGGAAGAAGAAAAAAACAGACUGCGAGCAAAUGUACUGUUGAAAUUUCUGAUAUUGUUAACAGGAUAGCUCCAAAGAAUGAAAAGCCUGCCGCUGCUGCUUAUCUUCAAAUGUGGAUUGGGGAUGAUGCUAUUCCAUCAACACCUGUAGUUGCAAGAUCAAGGGCAAAAGCUAGCUUAAGGCCUAGAAGCUUGCAUACAGAAGAAGAACUCAUGAAGCUGGCCAGACAGUUUGACAGAAACUUUGUAGAAGCAAUCCAGCCUCAAGAACAACAGGAUCUGACUUCAACAGAUGACAAAACUGUACAUUUAGGCGCUGCUCAAAUCUGUGAAACAGAUACAUUUUUAGAAGAUAUCCCUGAAGAAGAAGUAGAACUUGCAUUGAAAUCUGUCAGUCAGAGUUCACAAGUAAGCACAUCAUCACAUGGGCAGAAAUCUGUUGAUCAGGAUGCAGAAGCAGCUCUCAAUGCACUUUUUGACUGUUCCACGCAAAAAGUCAGUGGACGAUUAAGCCAGACGUUAUCGGAUAUCUCUCUAGGCAGCACACAUGGGCUUCCUGUAAAAGAUAACGCUGGUGAAAUUUCUUUGCAUAAUAAAGGUGAUGGCAACAAAUAUCGGACACCUACAAGGCAAAAUACAUCGCAUAGUGACUCAAAUUCAAAGGUGCUACAUACCUCUAAAACGGAUGGAUCCAUUUUUCCUAAGGAGAGAUCUAAACAGACUAAAUCUCAUGGUGUGUCUACCACAGCUGCUGCAACAUCUAAUAGCCAAGAUGACUUUGAAGAUGACUGGGGCAAUGACUUUUUUGAAGAUGAUUCUUUUGUUAUGGAAAUUACACAGAAUCCAAAUUUGAUUGCUACCCCUAAAUCUGAGCAGACCAAUAGCAAAUCAUACCGAAGUGACUUGAAUUCUGUUGGGUCUAAAACAUUUGAAAAGUCUAAAGACAGUGAUAAAACUAUGGUUUCUAAUAAAGCGAAUAAUUUUAAGUUUGUGUCACAAACCUCAAAUGCACGAGUUGAUUCACAGUCUAUUGGCAAAGCGGAAAAUUAUGUUUGUCCUAAAACUAACAAGAGUGAAAAUGUUUCAGUACCUUCAACAAGUAAUAUUUCCCAGUUAUGUUUAAGCUCCCAAAAGAAUAAUUCCAGGCAAGAUAGAAGAACACAGAGUAGCAGUUCACUUGUUUAUGAAAAAGAUGCCUUUACCUGUGGACUAUAUAAAAAACACAGUACGAACACAGAAAUGUUAAGUGUACAUAGUGUGCCAGUGAAGCCUUCUUCCUGUCACGUCCCACAGAAACAGAUCCAUGCACCUAUUCCAGAAAAGACCUCAGUCCAGCAUGAUGAGUGGGAUGACCCCAAAUUUUCCGAUGACGUUCUGGAUAUGUUUUGUAAAUCUGAUAGCCUUUGGGAAGCAAACGAAGACGAUGAUUUAUUGUAUCAAGUAUGUGAUGAUGUAGAAAGGUUAACGCAGGCUCAAGUAUCAAAUGAAGGAAGUAAUAAAGUUGAAAAUACAGAGGUAACAGGCUUAAACUGUGCAAAAACUGUUAUGAGAACAACCAAGCAUGCACAGCCAAGCCAGCACUAUGGGCAAAACAAAAAUGGAAGCCAAAUUUCCCAAUCCUUUUCUGCAACAAAUAAAUUCAGUGGGAAUGCAACACGAUAUAAUAGCUCAUCAAACAACAACUUGCAGAAAAUAGCAGCUCCUUCUGCAGUCACAGGACUUAGUACAUGUGAAAGUGUCUUUACGUCUAAUGAAAAAGUAGGCUUGAGCAAAACUACCCUAGCCCCUGUAAGGUUUGGCAGGUUUCAUUCUGUUCCUUCUGCUAGUGAAUGCACUAAAACACUGCUUAGUGAUACUCAAUCACGAAGCGUGGGAAAUCCACAGAUAGCUACAACCACUGCAAAGACUUCUGUGGCACCUUCAAAGUUCACCUUUACUCGAACAAAAUCAUCUCAAAUAGUGCCUUCACAUACAUUUACUGGAGGGACAAGUGAUUUUAAAAAUACAGAUUUCCAAGAUAUAGCUGGAAACAAAAGUCAGAGAAAUACAAUGGCCCCAAAGAAUAAAUUACCUGAUCACCACUUCAGUUUAAAGAGACAACUCUCUGACUCCUCUUUGCUGACUUCAAAAGUGUUUGUUUCAGAAGAAAGAAAUAAAAAGUGUUCAAUGGAAGAAAUUGAGAGAAAAAAACAAGAGGCGUUGGCCAGAAGGCAAAUGAAACUUCAGGCAUCAUCCAGUGAUACAGCACGCACAUAGCUAUGAUGCUGCAAUGCGUACUUCUGACAUCAUGGAUUUGCAGACUGGAUCUUUGUUUAUUGAAACUUCUCUGUGAGAAUUAAUUGUGCCGAAUCAAAGAGAACACUAUUUUUAUUAUAGAUUCUAACAUUUCAUUGUUUACAAUGGUAAACCAUUCUUUUUUUGUAAUAUUUGUAUAAGUAAAAAGGUCCUCCUGUAUGUUCAGGAAUGGCUACGCUGAUACAGUAAUUGUAUGUAUCGCGUAUGUAAAAAUCAAACUAAGAAAUUUUUUUGUAAAAAUAAAAACAGUUUGAAAAUCA